GGAGAUCAGUAUUGGACCUGGAGAGACUUUUGAAAAGAGCUCUGCACCUGGGCAACAAAGAGAAAAUGGCACACUGUAACACUCCUAAUGAAAAAGGGGGGCAAGAAUCCAAUGGCAUCCUGCCAGAGCUCACAGCUGGAUCUCCAAGCCUCCUCAGAAAAGACCCGCUGGAUCUGCCACUUUUCACUGGAGAGUCAGAAAUACAAUGGUCCCUCUGUACUGAGGCUGCCUUCUUCCUGGGGCCAAACCACCGCUGCUCCCAUUAUUUAUGGAUUUGGAUGGUCCUGAACACAAAGGAACUGAUUCAAUCCUACAGCACAAAAGUGCUUAUGUCCACUGUGCUGGACUAUGGCUAUGCUUCGCCGAACUGCGCCAUGCCAUGCCAUAAAGAUGCAAAGUGUGAAAUUAAGGGUGGACACCAAGGCUGCUAUUGCUCCCCAGGAUUUACAGGAAAUGGCAUAAAAUUUUGUUACGAUGAUAAUGAAUGUGAAAAUGCUACUCAGCCUUGUGGGGAGAAUGCCAAUUGCACAAACACGGUGGGAAGUUAUUACUGCAUGUGUACACUUGGUUUCAGAUCCAGCAGUGGUCAAGAGAAAUUUGUAACUAAUGAUGGAACUUCCUGUGUAGUUGCAGAUAUAGAUGAGUGCAGCGAAGCAGUAACUGUUGCCUGUGGAGAUCAUGCGAAAUGUGAAAACGUGGAUGGAGGAUAUAACUGCUCUUGUAAGGAAGGUUAUCAACCAUCCACAGGAAAAUUACAGUUUAAGCCAAAUGAUGGCACUUCCUGCCAAGCAAUUCCAAGGGCAAACUGUGAGUUAUAUGAUGACUGUAUAACUGAAAAUAAUGAUAGAACCUUAGCUAAAAUUAGAAGCAUAAAAGAACCCCUGGCUGUCCUACAAGAAUUCAACAGGAGCACUGUAGGACAACUUUCACCUGUAGAUGUGAUUUCAUAUGUGGAAGCAUUAUCUGUAUCUUAUCCAUUGCUAAGUACUGUGAAUUACACAGUUUCUGACAAGGAAGCACUUACUAAUGUGACUAUUAAUGUUUUUGUUAACACCAUGAACAAUUUUGUACAAAAGGAUAAAAUUACAGUCUGGGAAGCACUCCCUACAGAUAACAAAAGAAAAAGUCUCACAAAGCUGAUGCAUGCUGUGGAACAAGGAACACUACGCAUGGCACAGAACUUCAAAAAGACAAUGCAGCUAGAUGUCAAUGCAAGUGACCUAGCACUCAAGGUUUUUGCUUUUGAUUCGCACCACGUGAAACACAUUCACCCCCAUGUUCACAUGGGAGCAGAUUAUAUAAAGAUCUCUCCAAAGAAAAAGGAAGUACCUAACUCUAAUGGCACUGUUGCAGUUGUGUUUCUGCGGUAUAGCAAUAUUGGCUCUUUGCUUUCAUCAUCUAAAAACUGCUCAUUGAAAGACAGUUCAGAGGAGAGAGAGACAGUAAGCUCAUCAGUUAUAGCUGUCGCAAUUAGCUCAAAUCCACCUACACUCUAUGAGCUUGAAAAAAUCACAUUUACUUUAAAGUAUGUCAAGACUGCAGAUAAAAAUAUUAAAUGUGCAUUUUGGAACUACUCGGCAGACACAAUGAAUGGUGACUGGUCCACAGAAGGCUGUGAGCUGACACAUUCCAAUGCUACUCAUACCUCAUGCAAGUGUAAUCAUCUGACUCAUUUUGCUGUUUUGAUGUCUUCAGGUGCCUCUGUUGAUGUUACAAAUUAUAAUAUUCUUACAAGAAUCACUCAGCUAGGAAUAAUUAUUUCCUUGAUUUGCCUCUCCAUGUGCAUUUUUACCUUCUGGUUCUUCAGUGAAAUUCAAAGUACUAGAACAACAAUUCACAAAAAUCUCUGCUGCAGCCUUUUUCUGGCAGAACUUAUUUUUCUUAUUGGAAUUAAUAUGAACAAUAAUAAGCUCUUCUGUUCAAUCACUGCUGGAUUGCUCCAUUAUUUCCUCCUAUCUGCCUUUGCAUGGAUGUGCAUUGAAGGCAUACACCUGUACCUUAUAGUUGUGGGAGUCAUCUACAACAAGGGAUUCUUACACAAAAACUUCUAUAUAUUUGGCUACAUGAGUCCAGCAGUAGUAGUUGGAAUUUCAGCAGCUCUGGGCUAUAAAUAUUAUGGCACUACAGAAGUAUGUUGGCUCAGCACAAAGAAUAACUUUAUAUGGAGUUUUAUAGGACCAGCAUGUCUAAUAAUUCUUGUUAAUCUGCUGGCUUUUGGUGUGAUUAUUUACAAAGUAUUUCGACACACUGCGAUGUUAAAACCUGAAGUUAGCUGUUAUGAAAAUAUAAGGUCUUGUGCCCGGGGCGCUCUUGCUCUCCUGUUCCUUCUUGGUGCUACCUGGAUCUUUGGGGUCCUCCAUGUGGUCCAGGGAUCAGUGGUCACUGCCUAUCUUUUUACAAUAUUCAACGCAUUCCAAGGGAUGUUCAUCUUCAUAUUUCUCUGUGUUUUAUCUAGAAAAAUCCAAGAAGAGUAUUAUAGGUUGUUCAAAAAUGUUCCUUGCUGUUUUGGCUGCUUAAGAUAAAUGGAAAGAAAAUAUGCAUGAGCAGCACAAUGGAAGACGGGAGUAACCUAGACAUUGUUAUUGUUAUUAUUACAGAAAAUAUAGCAUUGUGAAAGUAUGAAAUGACCUAGUGAACAUUCAUAACCCUUAAGUGAAUUACUGUCUCUCCAGUAUAGUCCUUGUAAUCAUGCACAGCAUUUCUACUGUACUGUGUACGUUCAGGAUACAUAUACAAAUCAAGCCGGAUUGCUGUAAAACAAACAGAAGACUAAGGAAAAGGAACUGAAUCCCUACAGGAACCAGAGACUCUUUUUGUAGCUUAGGCUUUAUUUCUAAUAUUAGAAAUAUCUGUAGUUCAUGAGAGAGAGAGAAAACUAACUGGCAUAGCAGAUUUUAUGAAUUGCUUUGCUAGUGGAAACAUGCCCCCUGCAUUUUUGUGGUAAUAAGCUUCUUCACAACAUAUUGUAUAUGACGAUCUGCAGGGACUGGGUUCCGUUACAGCAUUAACAGAUAAAGAUCUGCUUGAAACCGGACUUUGGGGGGAAAAAAAUUAUUUAAAGGAGAUUGAAAGAAGGUUUGGGGUUUAAUAUAAUUUACUCAUCAUGUUCAAAUAUAUAUUUGUGUAUUAAUCAAUUCUUUAUUUUUUUAACUUUUAGGGAAUUGUUAUGAGGGCAGGGCUGAUAAAAUAGCUUGGAACAGCCAUUUUAUAAGUAACAUUUAUUUUGUGGAGCCCAUGACAAAUCUUUGAUGCUUACUUAACAGUUGAAAACUGUGAUAUACUACAUCUAGCACCACGACUUCACAUACUGUAGGAAAGAGAUGCCAUCUCAAGUUGGCACUUCAUAGAAAUAUUGAUGACCUUGCUCUUAUUGGUUAAAUUAAAAUAAAUUACAUGGUCUAAGCAAUGCAAGUGUAAAAUUAAGGGCACAUGCUGCAGUUUCAAUGUAAAAUAUAUUGUAAAUAUAACAAACUCUCUGCUAAUAGCUUCCUUUAUUACAAGCAGCACUCUUCUGUUCUGCUCCUGAUCCAGCAAACGUUCAGUCCUAUUUACUUAAAUUUAAGAAUAUAAGAAGUCCUUGAAAUCAGUGGGACUGGUAUUGUAAGUUUUGCAGGAUCCAGACCUAAGUUGUUGCAUCAGAAAAUCUAAAAUUGUGAUGCAAUUCAUUUUCGAAGCUGUGCUGUCAUUUCAUCUUUUUAAAGUCCUGGCCAUGUCAGCCCCCUCAGUUCUCAUUGCUUUCUCAGGAAAUAGUCAGGACCUUUGAGAAGCAGGCCAAACAUUAUUACCAGUGUGAGCAUUGUAAAUAUAUAGCUGUUUAUAAGUUUUAUUUAUACCAAAAAAAUCUUUUUAGCCAUGGUCAAAUUUGUUUGGCUUGUAUCUACUUUCCUUACAAAAAAAACCUUUAGUUACAGUAUGUGCCUUAUUAAAGAUAUUGUAUGUCUCUGCCAAAAUAAGGAAGCUCAAGUGGUAAUUUUAUUUAUUCCUCCCAGAAAGAGGUAAUUGCUGUUGGUCACCUGUAUAUAAAAUAUGUUAAUAAACUGAAGAGCUUUUGCUUUACUAUUUCACCAUAUUUUCUUUAGUUAAUUAAAAAAUAAAAUAAGUUUUAUAGCUUUA